UCCUCACACCCUCACUCCCCACACUCACACACCACACCACACCACACCACAGCGAGAGCAAGGCUCCCCAAGCAACCACCACUCCACAGCCAACCGCGAGAACAAGUCGCAGCCGAGAACUCGUCUCCACGUCUCCCAGCGAAGCCAAGCUUGCCGUGCCAUGUCUUCCAUGGAGCUGCUCCACGCCGUCAUCCCGGAGAAGCAGAGCGAGGAGCUGAUGGCGCCCGCGGCGGCGACGACGACCACGACCACGAGCAGCAGCGCCACCGCCAUGAGCGGCGACGAGGUUGCCCACGUGCCCCAGGGGUGGGCCAAGAAGAAGCGCUCGCGCCGCCAGCGAUCGGAGGAGGAGAACCUCGCGCUCUGCCUCCUCAUGCUCUCCCGCGGCGGCAACCACCGCGUCCAGGCGGCGCCGCCGCUGGUCCCGUCCGCGGCGCCGGUCGCCGCGGAGUUCAGGUGCUCCGUCUGCGGCAAGUCCUUCAGCUCCUACCAGGCGCUGGGGGGCCACAAGACCAGCCACCGUGUCAAGCUGCCGACCCCUCCUGCUCCUCCUGCUGCUGCUGUCCCGGCAGCAGUGCCCCUCGUGGAGGUGGAGGCCCCCGCACCGCUCACCGUCAUCCCGCCGCCUCCAGUCGAGGUCGUCGUCCGUGAGCCGGCCACGUCAUCCACCGCCGCGUCCUCCGACGGUGCGGCGGCGUCGAGCAGAGUCCACAGGUGCUCCAUCUGCCACAAGGAGUUCCCAACCGGCCAGGCGCUCGGCGGGCACAAGAGGAAGCACUACGACGGUGGCGUCGGCGGCAGCAGCGCCGCGUCCACCGACGUCCUGGCGGCCACUGCCCCGGCGGCAACUGCUGAGACGUCCGAGGUGGGGAGCUCCGGAAACGGGAGCUCCGCCGCCCGCGCGUUCGACCUCAACCUCCCGGCCGUCCCAGAGUUCGUGUUCCGGUGCGGCAAGGCUGGCAAGAUGUGGGAGGAGGACGAGGAGGUGCAGAGCCCUCUCGCCUUCAAGAAGCCCCGCCUCCUUAUGACCGCGUGAGCCGCUGCGCGGAUCUCUCAACCGUCCAAGAUUUUGGUCUAGAUCAGCUGCUGCCAAGUUCGGUGGUGGAACACACUAUUCGUUCAUUCAUUCGUAUGGUGUCAGUAUUAUUGUUUGAUUUGUUGCUGCUCUUCUUGUACAGUACAGAGAGAGCUAGUUGUGAGAGAUGCAUAGUCAUCAUACACAUAGGUCGAUCUUCCUAUUCAUGGAAGCGUAUACUUGUAUCCUUAACUGUCAGUAUACUGUAGUUCAUACACACAUACUUCAUUCUCAUUAAGAGAUGAUUGAUGAAUUAGUGCUUUGUAACAUACAGUAAGCUUAUUAUAAAUGGAUUGGGGAUUAAUAUGGAAUCAGA